GCCAAGUCUCAUCCUAGCUCACCAACGUCGUGGCUCGUCGUCUCUCCUCAUUAUCCCCCACAUUCCCCCACAUUUCCACCUAUCGCCUCGCCUUAUCCAACUGCACAACACCUCUGAGCUUCCCCAAGCUCGCACCGAAAACCCAACAAGCUUGAACAUCACCGCCGACAAACUACCGCGGCAAUGGGGGCCGGAGAUAGCAAGCUGUCAUUCAAGAAAGGCGUGUUCCGACUCUCGGAAGAAACCGACAUUCCGGCGAACGACCCGUACUGGCUUUCGUUCUGGGAGCUCCCCGAGUCGGUCGACGACGUGUUCACGCUGUUUUCCGCGGCGGACAUCCGGCGCGCGCGCGAUAACCACCUCCAGAACCUCGAAACCCUCAUUCUUGCGCUGAGCUCGCGGCUGCUUGCGCUGCGCCACCAUGCGUCGUUCCCGGAUGACUCGGCUCCCGAGCGACACGCGCUGAACUGUAUCCGCAUCCUGACACGGCUGAUGCCGUUUAUCUACGAGAGCGAGCAGCUGGAUGCCUGGGAGAACCAGUUCUUUUGGGGAGCGAGGAGACGCCGUGCGAGGCAGGCGUAUGCGGCGCCUCCUGCCGAGGUGCUGUUCGAUGAGACUACGGAGCCGGAUGCCGCGGUUACGGAAGAUGAGGGCGAGUAUGAGGAUGCGCCACCGUUGAUGGAGGAGCUGGUCGACUGCCUGAUCGACCUGCUGUUCUAUCAGGGCUUUACGCUGCCCCCGGCGACGAACGGGAAUGCGGGGAAGUCGAGGGUUACCUAUGCGAUCUGGCAGAGCGGAGUGGGGUGCAAUGCGCCGGUGGGGACUACGCGCGAGGGCGAGAAUAAUAAGAUCGAGAUACUGAGGCUGCUCCUGGCCAUCACUAGCAAAGCCAUGUUUAUGCCGGCGAGUGUGCUGCCGAUCAAGGGCGUCAAGGUGCUGACUUACAUGGCUACCUGUCCGGAUAAGAGGGUGGUCUUGUCAAUGCUUUGUUCGCUGCUUAAUACCACGCUGAAAUACAACCCGGCGAGCUGGAGAGUGCCAUACGACCAUGUGGUCUUCACGGAUCCAAGGCAAGUGCUGGUCACCUACAGUUUACAAUUGCUCCUGGUGUUAUUGCUGUAUCCCGUUCCGGAAGCACCUGGUCCGGUCUUGAAGAACAACUACCGCCACUACUUGGGCCGACUGCAUAGAACACAGGACUUUCAGUUCUGUGUGGAUGGAAUGACAAGAAUCCUAAAUCAGCCGAUACAAGCAACGACAUCGUACCUUCCCGGAAGCCAGAAAUCGCUCAAAUGGGCACCGGAGAUGAUGAUGCUAUUCUGGGAGGCACUACAGUGUAACAAGCGAUUCCGGAGCUUCAUAAUCGACACGGACCGAGUCCACGACUUUGUCGUCUUGAUCAUGUAUUAUGCACUGGAGCACCGUCUGGACCCUUCACGAUCGGGAGUGGUGCGCAUGUGUGUCUUUGUCUUACAAACGCUGUCAACGGAGCAUAAGUUCGGCAAGAGCUUGAACAAGCGCUUCGAGGGACAGGACAGCCUCCCUGCCAGUGUUCGGAUACCGUCCUUCAGCGGCAGCUAUGCGGAUUAUCUCAUAAUCUCCAUAUACACCCUGAUCACUACGAGUAAAGGAAAACUGAGUGCAGUGUAUCCCGCGCUCUUGGCCAUCGUUGCAAACAUUGCCCCUCACGUCCAAAAUAUGUCAUCAGCGGCGAGCAGCAAACUAAUACAGCUGUUCACGUCGAUGUCUGCGCCCACAUUCCUGCUCGCAAAUGAGAACAAUCACUCACUAUUGCACUCGUUGCUGGAGUCGAUGAACGGAAUCGUCGAGCAUCAGUACUCUGCGAACCCCCACUUUAUCUACUCCAUCCUCCGCCAAAGCAAGCGCUUUGAAGCUCUGCGAAACUUCACACUGGAGCAGGGCCAGGAGGAGGUGGACCGCGAGAACAGGCUCAAGAAGGACCGGGGUGAGGGCGUCGAGGGCUCGCCUAAAGUCUCCUUCAGCAUGUCGGAAAUGCAACGACCCAAAAGAGGAGGAGGAGGAGGAGCUCCAGAUACGCCGGCGACACCUUCAUCGCCUAACGCCUUCGAGAUUGGGGAGGAUUCGGACGACGAUGACGAGGAUGGGGAGGAUGGCGAGGAGGAGGGAGGGAAAAAAGAAGCGAAACCUGCAAAGGCAAAAGAAUCUAUACCGACAUCUCCCACAUCUCCAACAUCUCCAAUGGUAGCAUCACCGAGGGCAAUGUCGGAAACAGCUUCCACUUCUGGGCAAUCAGAGGACGCAGUCCCAUUACAGCUCCGUGGCAUGUCGGAGAAAGCUCGUGGUAAGCUACCGGAGGGUGCAUUCCAGCGCCAAGGAAGCACCACGAGUCUUACAAACCACGUCUCGGGAGCCGCAACACCAACACUCGGUGGCAACGGCUUCGUACCGACGUCUGCUUGGAUCGAGAGUUGGCUCCCGCACCUCCCGCUGCACACGAUCCUCACAGUGAUCCAGCAGCUGCAACCCGAGCUCCGCUCCAUCCUCGCGCCCAAACCCAACGACAGCGCGCUGCAAAACACGCUCCCACCGCUCCUGGAGCGCAUCCGCAAGACCGAGCUGCGCGGCGUCGAGCCUAUCCCCGUCAAGACGCACAUGUUUGAGUGGAGUCCGCAAGCCCUGGGCUGGUACGAGUCGCUGCUGUGGGGCUUCAUCUUUGUGGGCGAGCGGCACGUGUCGAAGGGUACCGGUACGGUUGGCGUCUGGAACGGUACCGCCGUAAGGCUGUUUAGAGUCCAGGAGACGGCGCCGGAAGGACCCAGUUUACUGGCGCCACGCGGAGGUGUCGACGCUAUCGGGAGUAAUCUGAUUGAACGCCUCGGCAGUGUCACGCUGGGUGGGAGGAGGGAUAGUACUGCUACGCAGGGCCACGCGAGUAGGAGGGAGAGCACCCAGGGCCACACGAGUAUAAGGGAGAGUACGGAGUCGGGAGCGGGCGGGUUACCAAACGUGAGAUCGCCGACGGCAUAGAGUGCUGCCAGGUCUCUAUGGGGCUCGGGGAGGAGGUGGUGAUGGGAGAUGUUUUGUUGUUUUUUGUGGCGGGUGGUCCUGUUCGUUUGAUUCUUCUUCGUGUAAAUGGUGUUAGGGUUGUUUCGUUCAGAAUAUAUCUUUCGGUUUUCUCCACCAGAUUAUUGGUACUAGUUACCCAAG